AUGGAUGAAGCCAGAUUGAUUAACCUCACCUGGUGUCACCUGGUGACACAGCAUGCUGCAGGUGCAGUGCAGGAAGAAUCACUGCUGCAGCCUGGGGACAACAUGAAAUGUCACGGUCCCAGCCACCUGGCUCAGGACCACGCCUGUGCUGUCUGUGGGAAAGCCCAGCCCGGGGGACGGCUCCUCUCUCUCCUCAGCUGGAUCUACUCCUGUGUCACCACCACUCUGCCUCAGCGGAAGACUCUCAGCCUGGAUCUGAAUGAAACUGAGACCUGGAUCAUGGGCCUUUGGGAGGUCUGCAUGAAUCAGGAGGAAGUUGCCACUGUGUGCCAGGCUUUUGAGUCCUUCUUAUCUCUGCCGCAGGAGCUCCAGGCAUCCCGCAUCCUCAUGGUGGUCUCCCAUGGGCUGGGAUUAUUGGGGCUUCUGCUCUCGGGCUUUGGAUCCGAAUGCUACCAGUUUCACAGGAUCAAAUGGGAAUUUAAGAGGCAGCUUUGCAUCCUCGGAGGAACUUUGGAGGCAUCAGCUUCAGCCAAGACCCUCUUUUCAGUCUCCUGGGUGGCCUAUGCCACAAUUCAAGACUUCUAGGAUGACAGCAUCUCUGAGAUUGUGCCUCGGUGGGAGUUUGGAGAUGCCCUCUGCUUGGGCUGGGCCACCGGUAUUUUCCUGGCUCUUGCUGGGUUACUCCUCAUCUGCUUGACCUGCAGGGGAAAAGAAGUGCCUUUUCCCCAGGUGGCUGGUCCUACAGCGCACCACACUGUGCUCCAAUUGAGGAGUCUGAUGGGUCCUUCCAUCUAA